UGAUGACUCUCACUGUUGUUGUGGGACCAGGCUCCUGCGGCUGUAAACCAUGUGUGACUUCCUGUUGUGAGUCAGUCGUGGUUUAUCGUUGUGAAGCUGCUGAUCAUCGGAUCUCCUCCGUUUAAAACCUCUUUUUAAACAAUCUCAGGUCAAACUCGUCUCCACCGUUUUUCCAGCGACGCUUCGUUCAAGAGUGACACAAUGGACAAAGAUGCUGUGCUGACUCAUGUCCUGAAGCCGAGGAGGACUCCAUCACUUCUUGGAGGACAGCUGCCCGUCAGUGUGAUGAGCAGCAGUAGAUACGUAUCCCAGCUGACAGACAGAGAGGUGGAGGACCAGCUGCCCUCCCUCGAUCACGCCAUCCUCACCGCUCUGUCUGGUGAAGUCAAGACUGUGAUACUGGUGGGUGGAGAAGGAUCCGGCAAAACCACUGCCCUGGAGAAGCUGGUGGUGGACUGGGCCAAAGGAGAACACCUUCAGAACUUUACUUAUGUUUUAUACCUCGGGCUGAGGGAGAUCAGCUCUCUUAAAGACGAGCUGUCGUUUGAGACUUUACUGCAACACCAACAUGUUCCCUCUGAGUCCGUGCCCCUCGUUCUGCAGAAGCCUGAGGAUCUGCUGUUUGUUUUUGAUGAUCUGGAUCAAUACAAACUUUCCCUGGAUGCCUCCGUCCACUCCCUCUGCUCUGACGUCAGCCAGGCAGUGUCAGUGUCCUGCCUGAUAUCCAGUCUGCUUCAUGGAUCACUGCUGAGAGGAGCUGCCUUUGUGGUGGCGACCAGGCCGACAGAGCGGCUGAAGUUUCUGAACGGCACCAGGGUGGAGGGUUCUGGGUUUUUAAAGCCCCAAAGAGAGACUUACUUCAACAGGUUCUUUACAGACCCGGCUGCAGCUAAUAAAGCACAACUGCACAUGGAGCGCACGCUGGGGUUUUAUGAUUUCUGCACUUCCCCUAGGUUUUGUUGGACAGUUUGUUCUAUUUACAAAACUCUGAUGGAUGCUGGAGCAAAACUUCCUGAGACAUUGACUCAGCUGUAUGUAGAUGUCCUGGUUCACCUGAUGCAGGUGCUCUCGCUGAAGGAGAAUUGCAACAGAGAACUGGUGCAGGCCCUCGGUGUGAUGGCCUCCCAUUGCUCCAUCAGUCAGAAUUCAAGCUGCACCAAAGAAGAACUCUACUCCUUUGGUCUUCAAUCAUUUCUCAGCUCUGUUGGUGCUUUCUUGCAUGUAGAUGGCGAUCUGGAGUCAGAUUCAUGUGUGUUCUCUUUCACCUCCCAGCUGAUGCAGGAGUUCCUUUUGGCCGUGUCUUUCUUUUUGGACACUUCGAAAUCUGAGGGCGUGGCGAAGAUGUUGGAGGAGCACAAAGGUCAUGCAAAGUUUUUAGAUCUCUUCUUGUCAGGGCUCUCGGAGUCAGUUCAGCGCAGACCCCUGGAGAUCCUACUGGGGGAGUUUAACUCGGAUCGUACCUUGGAUUUUAAAAGUUGGUUUAAAAGCAGCUCAGAGGAAACACUAAAGGGGUGUUACAAGGACAAGCACCAUCGAUGCUUCCAUCUACUUCAUCAAGCUCAAAAUCAGAGUUUGGUGAAAGAGAUCAUCUCCCCGUCAGCACGGACAGGCAUCAGCUACGGCGACCUAAGCCUCCUGGACUGUGUCGCCCUGAACUACGUCGUCUCGUGCCUCGGUGAGAUGAAGCUGUUGAAUCUGUACAGCACGAGGGAUUUGACAGAGGAGAAAGCAGAAGUCCUGGCUCCAGCUAUGAGCUUAUCACUUAAGAUACAGUUGUCAGACAGCACCUUGAGUACCAGGGCCGUCUCUCAUCUGGCAUCAGCUCUCAGCAGGGGACUCACCAAGGAGCUGGAUCUCGCUAACACCCGCCUCGGAGAUGAAAAGUUGAAAGUGCUCUGUGUGGGACUCAGAGACUGCAAACUGCACACUUUAAAACUUAAGGUGUGCAGACUGACUGAGGCAAGUUGUGAAGAUCUGGUGUGUGCGCUGACCUCGGGCUCCUCUCAGCUGCGUGUGUUAGAGAUAAUGUUUAAUCAGAUCGGUGACCAGGGUUUCAUGAAACUGUGCAAAGCGCUGCACAGUCCUCAAUGCAAACUGCAGCAGCUCCAGCUACAAGGCUGCGAUUUGACUGCAGUAUCCAUGGAGGCUUUAUCGGCAGCGUUGUGCUCUGGAAAGUCAGAGCUGAGAAAAGUGGACCUGACGCUGAACAGGAUUGGUGACGCUGGAGUGGAGGCUUUGUGCAAGUCGCUGCAACACCCACUUUGUAAACUUCAGAGCCUCAAGCUGUUUGAUACUGAGCUGACCGGUGCGUGCUGUCCUCAUUUGAUGGAGACCUUGAUGUCAGAGCACUGCUCUCUGUCAGAGCUGGAUCUGUCAGUGAAUGAUUUGGGCCAUGAGGGGGCGCUGUUGCUUUGCCAAGCCCUGAGUCAUCCUGGAUGUCCAGUGGAGAAACUGGGGUUGAAACGAUGCGAGUUGACGCAGCAGGUCUUUAAGGAACUGGGCUCAUUGCUGAGAAGUGGAACUUCGCGACUAAAAUCCCUGAUUGUGGGUAUAAAUAAAGCUGGAGAUCAAGGGGUUAAACAUCUUUGGGAUGCUGUUGCACAUCCAGGCUGCCUGCUGGAGGAACUGGAUGUUGAAAUGACACAUUUGACAGACGCCUGUGUUGAAGACCUGUGUGCUGCUGUAAGAGCCAGUAAGACUCUGAAGAACCUGGAGCUCAGAAACAACUCCCUGACUGAUGCGUCCGUCCCAGCACUCGUCCAAGUCAUGGAGGAAAACUGCAACAUGCAGGAGAUGAACCUAAAGUACAACGACUUUUCAGAGGACGUUUUCAACAUGUUGAAUGAGUGCGAUAAAAUAAGAUACUGAAGAAGGCAUCUAUUCCAUCCAUUCUCUACACGCUGCUGCAGGGUCAAGCUGAUUGAUUGUUAUUAUCACAGCUGAAGCACUGGGGGUGAGAACCUGUUGCUUUUCUGUGUCUUGUCCAUCUAUCCAUUAUCCGUACUUUGAGGUUUGUGGGGCUGGAGACAGUCACAGGCAAAGAACCAAUCACACUCACACCUAUGAUUUAAUUAGUCUCAUAUCAACCUCCUUCUAAUCUGCAUGACUUUGGACUGAGGGAGGAAGUGGGAGAAACCCCACACAAACAAAGGGAGACAAACAGGACUCUGGCCAAACCGGAAUUCAAACCAGGAAUCUGUGAGGCAACCCCCAGAGUCUUAUGUGAAAGUUAAUAUCUUUCUGGACAUUUUUGGUUGGACAUAAAAGCUACAUUUUAAAAUUCCCCUUUGGGGCAUUGUGGUUGCUUUCCUGACAUUUUGUAGCCUAAUUGAUUAGUUGAUAAAAUAAUCACAUUACAUCACAACGCAUUAAUCAAUAGCUAACAUUAAACAUUAGUUGCAGUCCCACUCAUUUCACAGUCGAGCAAAGUCCUUCAACACAUUCAUUUGAUGCAGGAAUACUUUAUUAAGAAAACUUUGGUAUUUUAAAGAGAUAUUAGGCAUUUGGAAUUUCUUGGCUUCAUUAAGACAGAUACAUGACUGUAAAUUUGAUUUAUAGCUAUAAAAUAUAUUUUACCAAAUUCACAAAUGAAAUCUAUCGUUGUAUAAAACCAAGUGUCACACGCUUGCUGUAGUUUCAAAGUUUUAGAAGACACACACAGUGAGGUGGAGACAGACCACACAGAUUUCUGUGUCUGCCUCUGUCAGCACAAAGCAGGAGUAAACCUCACACAGUGUAAACCUGACACAGUGCCAUAUCUGUAUCCCGCAUAUGGAGCUGCCCUGUAUCCAGUCCUCUCCAUUUGAAAAAAAAAAAAAAAAAAAAAAGAA